UGUCUGGAUACUGGUGCGCACGACAUGUCAGCUUCCUCGCAUAUACAUACACAGGAUCGAGGGCAAUUUUGAAGUAGAAGAAAAGGGGAAAAAGAUGGUGGGAUUAAGUGCGCAAUGCAUGCUGGACUUCGUGGUUGCUGGAAUUUCACUGAUGAUUGGAUUGGGUUUAUUUGCAUUCAUAGCUUCAAUUCUUUGCUCUGCUGCUUUCUUCCAGAAUGCCAAGGAAAUUUCUUGAUUUCCCUAGUAUCAAUUCCUGGUAAGCAGGUUGUUUCAUGGAAGUUCAAUGGGGAUUCUACUUUCUUAUCAUCAGUUAAUGUACAGUUUCUCUGCAUCAAUGAGUUAUGCACCUUAAGUUGAAGACACUUAUAGUUCUUGAACUGCAAUAGAAUCCCUUUUUUUUUUUUAACUGCAACUGAAAAAUGUAUUUGAUCAUGUAGAAUCAGAAUGCUUAAAAAAGUUUUUACUGUACUGGAAAUAUAGCGGGAUCAAACUAUGUUUCUCUAGUGAUUCAUUGACUUGUAUAUUUCUCAAGAUUGUAUUCUGUAUUGAAGAAUGACUGAGUUUUUUUUAUUAAUUUGUGAAAUAGACUGGCAUUCUAGUUCA